AACAGAUUCCCUCGGGCCGCGUCCUGGCCCAAUAAGAGCUAGGAGAGGGGCCGGGCCCACAUCAGCAUUUCUUGCUAUGUGUAUCGUUUGAUUCCCACGUUGUCAAUGGUUCACCUGCAUCACCUCAGCCAGCCAAGUCGUUACAACCAGGGCCGCAACCUUCCCAGCCUCAAAGGCUUGCUAGAGCUUAAAGGCAUGCUGCAACGUCGAAUUCCCCGUCGAUGUAGCCGUCCAGGCGUAUCCCCCCUUUGCUUACGAUGAGCGACCCCCUUUCCGGAGAUUCCGAGGCGCCGUCACCAGAAGACUCAGAAGCCGCAGAAAACCCCGGCCGAGAAGCUCUGGCUCACGGCCCACUGGCUCCGGAAACGCAUGAUGAUGGCCCAGAUGCCGCCUCCGACUCGGACAGCAUCGCGGACUCGGCAAUCGCCAGUGAGACUGACAUCUUAUCGACAAUGACAGCGCCGGACGAGUUCUUCACAUUUAUCGAGGAGAACGGCAGGACAUACCACAGCUACAAAGCCUCAAAAUACUUGCUCCCAAAUGAUACCAGGGAACAAGAGAGGCUUGACCUGCAGCAUCUCUUGUACCUAGAAACGACGCACGGGAAGCUGUUCCUAGCCCCAGUGCGGGAGAACCCGAGGAGAUGCCUGGACCUGAUGACAGGAACGGGGAACUGGGCGAUCGACUUUGCCGAUGCAUUUCCGAUGUGCGACGUGUUAGGCACGGAUCUCAGCCCCAUACAACCGCAAUACGUCCCUGUCAACUGUCGUUUCGAGGUGGACGACGCGGAGGAUCAGUGGAACUUCCGGACCAGGUUCGACCUCAUCCACGCCCGCGCAUCAGUCCUCUGCUGGCGCAACUACGCCGCGCUCGCCAACGAGGCCUACCAGGCAUUGGAGCCUGGCGGGUGGCUCGAGAUGCAGGAGUUCAACCACAGGCCUUUGUUCCACGGCGAGGCCGCAAAUAGGAGCGCAAUUAAGAAAUAUUGCGAUCUGAUUGUCCAAGGCGCACAGAGCCAGGGCAUCAGUGUCACUGGCUUUAUGGAUAUGAAAAGACACAUGACGGAGAGGGGUUUUGUAAAUGUCGAGGAGAAGCGGUUUAUAUGGCCGCUUGGGACGUGGGCAAAUGGGCGCCACUCCCGGAACCUUGGUAUCUUGCUCAAGCAGAACUUCAUAAUGGUCGUCGAGGCCCUUGCCCUCCGGCCUCUGUCUCGUCUUGGAUGGUCUCAGGAAGAGAUCCAAGUCCUGUUGGCACAGGUGCGACAAGAGCUCCGGGACAACAGCGUCGAUGGCUCCGCAGAAAUUGUUUUUAUAUAUGGUCAAAAGCCCCCAAGCUGAUAUCUUGAGUGCACUGAGCGUUCUUUUGAAGAGUUUACGUCAUCAGCGGGCACAUUUGGCUCCGCCGGCCCAGCUUCGAGCAUAAGAGAGUGCUUGAACAGAAAGAGGCCACAGACGCGAUGGAGACCCGUAAAGUCUUUGAGGGACCAAUUGAUCCGAGUACGGGUGACUAGUAGUGAGUUGGGUCGCUGGUGGCGGGGAGGUCGCAAGCCCAGAGCUGGAGUAGUAGUAAGGCGGGAGGAUGAGUCCACACCAACACACAAACUAAACAAGCAAACGAAAAGGAGACAAUUUACCCGAGACCCGACUCACAUGCAACUCCGCCGGCAUGCCUGCGAAAUUAUCAAGUCUAGCUCAACAAUACUUAUCACUGUAUGACGGCGCCGUAUAUGGCUUCGGACGUGGUUAUACGAAAUACGAACGCGAAAACAGCUAGCUCAAAACUGGUAUGGAACCUUGG